AUGAGUUCGGACGCUUCGUUUCUUAUUCCCGGUAUUCCUGACGACGCUACGUUAAUGUGCUUGGCGAUGCUGCCUCGUGGGUGCUACGGCGUCUUAAAAUGCGUCAGCCGUCGUUGGAAGGCGGCUCUAGAAAACGAGCACGUGUACAGUCUAAGGGAACAACUGGGACGCAAGGAGAGUUGGGUGUACGUCAAUGUGUACCACCACCCUCCCCCUUCCACCGCCAUCAACUCCUCCUCCUCCCACCCUUCCUUUCGAGGAGGCGUUCGUCUGGACUCACUCUAUGCCUUCUCACCAACUUUGAGCAAGUGGUUCCGAUUAAGCGAAACUGCAUCUUCCCGCUCCGCUCGCCUCAUCAAAGCAGUAGCAGUGAAGCAAAAGCAUCGACGGGGUGGCUGUGCUAUCAAACCUGACCAAGUGUUGCUGCUCACGGCCCUCCCUUACCUCUCCGCUCAUAUUCUUGGGGUUUCUGCACUCGGCCUUUUAGCGUGCUCAAAACAAGGGUCACCGAAAGCGAUUAGACAUCCCCGUGCAACUAUGAAGCGGGAUGAUGACGAUGAGCUCGAGGUGUCAUUCCCGCCAGAGAGUCUCUCCCGUGACAGUUCGGCCUCACCAGCUCGUUGGGCUUCAGAGUGCGAAGUUGAGGAACCAGAAAUUCUUAGGGGAUAUCAACACUUAGAGGUCGAUUCUCCGAGGAGCCGUCCCACCUUGUCCCUCUCUUCUCUCGUCGCUCCUACCGGUAGUCGACAUGUGCAGUUGACUCAGGUCAUUUCCAGUCUUGAGCUCCCGGCGUUCGUACAGGGCGCUCUGAGCCUUGUGAAGGUCUCAGAGCAUUUCACAGGAUGGAUUUUUUCACUCACACGGAAUUGUCGGCAGGCUGCCAAUGUCCUCGUGGCGCUAUGGGGUACAGACUUUAACUUUAAGGAGCAAGGGAUUGAGUAUGCGAAGCAGGCUGUACAGGAGGAUACAGCUGGCAACUAUGCCAAGGCCCUGCCUCUUUACAUGAACGCACUUGAGUAUUUUAAGACCCACUUGAAGUACGAGAAGAACCCGAAGAUUAAAGACGCGAUUCAGGCCAAGUUCGUGGAAUACCUAGAUCGAGCCGAGCAGAUUAAGGAGGUACUGGAAGGAGCACCGCAGAACGGAGCGCCGGGAGACGCAGCGUCUGCUAUCAAGCCGAAGGCGAAGAAAGGUGGAGCUGGUGGCGGGGAUGACGACGCGGACAACAUGAAGCUUCGAUCGGGGUUGAAUUCGGCCAUUGUGCGAGAGAAGCCGAACAUCAAGUGGUCCGACGUGGCAGGGUUGGAAGGCGCGAAGCAGGCGCUACAGGAGGCAGUCAUCCUGCCUGUCAAAUUCCCGCAGUUUUUCACAGGCAAGAGGCGGCCAUGGAGAGCGUUCCUCCUGUACGGCCCACCAGGCACUGGCAAGUCGUAUCUCGCCAAGGCUGUCGCCACGGAGGCCGACUCUACCUUUUUCAGCAUCUCUUCGUCCGACCUGGUGUCCAAGUGGAUGGGCGAGAGUGAGAAGCUAGUGGCGAAUCUCUUCCAGAUGGCCCGUGAGAGUGCGCCCUCCAUCAUCUUCAUAGACGAGAUUGACUCGCUGUGCGGCCAGAGGGGCGAGGGCAACGAGAGCGAGGCGUCACGGCGCAUCAAAACAGAGUUCCUUGUUCAGAUGCAGGGUGUGGGCACGGAGGACAACAAGGUGCUGGUGCUCGCUGCCACCAACACCCCCUACUCCCUCGACCAGGCGGUGCGUCGGCGUUUUGACAAGCGAAUCUACAUCCCCCUACCGGAUGUGAAGGCCAGGCAGCACAUGUUCAAGGUGCAUCUGGGAGACACGCCCUACAGCCUGUCAGAGAAGGACUUUGAGGAGCUGGCUCAGAAGACAGAUGGAUUCUCGGGGUCGGAUAUUUCAGUCUGUGUGAAGGAUGUUCUGUUUGAGCCCGUUCGGAAGACGCAAGAUGCCAUGCACUUCAAGAAGGUGGCCAAGGACGGGGACAUGUGCUACAUGCCGUGUGGGCCGCGGGAGCCAGGCGCCAUUCAAACCACCAUGGAGGAACUUGCAGCGCAGGGAUUGGGGGAGAAGUGUGCUGUUUUUGUGGGCGGCUACUUUGGUUGGGUUGCCUUGCUUGUUUUGCUGCAGAUUGUUCCUCCACCCAUCGUGAAGUCUGACUUUGACAAGGUGUUGUCACGACAGAAGCCAACAGUGAGCAAAGACGACUUGAAGAUUCAAGAAAACGCUUGUUCACUCAAGCCGGAUCGCGAUUUGUCCCGGGCGGUACGGUCUUUUGUGCCCGAAGGGAGGGCUGAAACGCCUGAGGAAAAAGGCUCUGGCCAGCUCGUGUCUUUCUGCGAUCGCCGGGAUUUGAUUUUGCCAGAGGUCGCUGCGUCCCGCAGCCAUGGAGGGACUGCUUUCCGCGUGCCUGCUGCAGCCGCGCGCGCUUCCGCUCGGCGUUUCCCCCUGCCUCCCGCGCUCCUCCUCCCGCCAUCUGCGCACGCGUUUGCGCUCCGCCAUUCGCGGCCGGUUGUGGUGGCGACGGCUGGUCAGACCCCAAAAGCAGUGUCGGGCGAUGCCGUGGUGGUUGAGAGCAGCGAGUCCACCCCGUCUGCCUCCGCCCAUGCGCAUAUGGUCACCCAUUUCUACCGCCACCCGCUCCUUUCCGACGCCGCCACAGAAUCGCUGCUUCACAAGGUCCAGGAGAAGGUGUGCGCUGACGUUAUCAGCAUCCGCACGGAGCAGUGCUUCAACGUGGAGCUGACGUCACCGCUGGAUGCAGCACACGAGGCGGCUCUGGUGUGGGUGUUAUCUGAGACGUACGAGCCUGAGAAGCUCACCCGGGAGUCAGUUUUCAGUGCUGGCGCUGCAGCGGAGGGGGAAGGGGAGGGGGAGGAGGAGGGGAAGGUGGUGGUGGUGGAGGUGGGGCCUCGUUUGUCGUUUACCACUGCCUGGUCGACAAACGCUGUCUCCAUCUGUCGCUCCUGCACCCUGGAGCAGGUGACUCGCAUUGAGAGGUCUCGCCGCUACGCCCUGCAGCUGGCGCCUGGCGUUGAGGCGGCUGCUGUGUUUGGGGAGGAGCAGAGGGCAGCGUUUGCAGCGUUGGUGCAUGAUCGCAUGACGGAGUGUGUGUAUGAGUCGCGGCUUGAGACGUUUGUCACGGACGCUGCUCCCGCACCUGUUGUGCGCAUCCCUGUUAUGAAGGAGGGGCGCAAGGCGUUGGAGCAGGUCAACAAGGACAUGGGGCUGGCGUUCGACGAGUGGGACCUGGACUACUACACUCGUCUGUUCCGUGAGGACAUCGGGCGUGACCCCACCAACGUGGAGCUGUUUGACAUCGCGCAGUCAAACUCCGAGCACAGCCGCCACUGGUUCUUCAAGGGUGACCUGACGGUUGACGGGCAGAAGGUGCAGCACACGCUCAUGGAUUUGGUGAAGGACACGCUUAGGGCCAACCCCAACAACUCCGUCAUUGGCUUCAAAGACAACUCCAGUGCCAUCCGCGGUCGUGUGGUGUCUGCCAUUCUGCCCGAGAAUCCCGGGCAGCCGUCGAAGCUGGAGCCUCAGGAGCGGGACUAUGACAUUCUCUUCACCGCUGAGACGCACAACUUCCCCUGCGCGGUGGCACCAUUUCCCGGUGCAGAGACGGGCGCAGGGGGACGGAUUCGCGACACGCACGCGACAGGUGUCGGCUCGCUAGUGGUUGCCGCCACUGCUGGUUACUGCGUGGGCAACUUGCAGAUGGAGGGGCAUGCAGCGCCCUGGGAAGACACCUCGUUUGAGUAUCCUCCCAACCUCGCUCCACCGCUCCAGAUCCUGCUCGAUGCCAGCGAUGGUGCAUCGGACUAUGGCAACAAGUUCGGGGAGCCGCUGAUCCAGGGCUACACACGCACGUUCGGCAUGCGGCUGGCGAGCGGGGAGAGGAGGGAGUGGCUGAAACCCAUCAUGUUCAGCGGGGGUAUCGGACAGAUCGACCACCGGCACCUGGUGAAGGAGGAGCCGGACGUGGGCAUGCUGGUGGUCAAGAUCGGAGGCCCGGCGUAUCGCAUUGGCAUGGGCGGAGGUGCGGCGAGCAGCAUGGUGUCAGGCACGCGCGACGCAGAGAUGGAUUUCAAUGCGGUGCAGAGGGGUGACGCGGAGAUGGCCCAGAAGCUGAACCGUGUGGUGCGCACGUGUGUGGAGCUGGGCGAUCAGAACCCCAUUCUGAGCAUCCACGACCAGGGCGCGGGAGGCAACUGCAACGUGGUGAAGGAGAUCAUAUACCCGCAGGGCGCUGAGAUUGACGUGCGGUCAAUUGUGGUGGGCGAUGAAACCAUGUCCGUGCUUGAGAUCUGGGGCGCCGAGUACCAGGAGCAGGACGCCCUCCUCGCACGUCCUGAGAGCGAGGCGCUGCUGCGGUCAAUUUGCGACCGAGAGAGGCUUUCCAUGGCUGUCAUCGGAACCAUCAGUGGUUCCGGCAAGGUGGUUCUUUUUGAUUCUAAAGAACAGCAAGAGGCAGCAGCAGCAGGCCACGCCCCGCCGCUCCCAGCAGUGGACCUCGAUCUCGACAAGGUGCUGGGGGACAUGCCCAGCAAGCGAUUUGACUUCGUGCGCAGCACAGACGAGAGGGAGCCUCUGGAGCUGCCCCCUGCUCUGACGGUGGCAGAGGCACUCAAGAGGGUGCUGCGGCUGCCUUCUGUGGCGUCGAAGCGAUUCCUCACCACCAAGGUGGACCGUUGUGUCACGGGCCUCGUGGCGCAGCAGCAGACCGUGGGCCCGCUGCAGAUCACCCUUGCUGACGUGGCAGUCAUUGCUCAGACCCAUACAGGCAUCACAGGGGCCGCAUGCGCCAUUGGGGAGCAGCCAAUCAAGGGCCUCAUCAACCCAGCAGCAAUGGCGCGCAUGGCCAUUGGGGAGGCGCUCACCAACCUUGUGUGGGCCAAGGUCACGGCACUGGAGGACGUGAAGGCGAGCGGCAACUGGAUGUAUGCAGCCAAGAUGGGCGGCGAGGGGGCAGCCAUGUACGAUGCUGCCGUGGCGCUCAAGGAGGCGAUGCUGGCACUGGGGAUUGCUGUGGACGGGGGCAAAGAUAGUUUGUCUAUGGCCGCCACGGUGAGUGGUUCUGACUGUAACGAGGAUGACUCAAUGGCGGGGGGGGAGACCGUGAUGGCGCCUGGCAACCUGGUGUUGAGUGCGUACGUCACGUGCCCGGAUAUCACGCUCACUGUCACUCCUGACCUCAAGCUCCCAGGAGAGGGUGUGUUGAUCCACGUGGACCUCAGUGGGGGCAGCAGGCGGGUGGGCGGGUCAGCACUCGCCCACGUGUACGACCAGAUUGGCGAUGAGUCACCAGAUGCUGACGUGGCGCUACUGAAGCGUGGCUUCAAUGCCGUGCAGGAUCUGAUCAGCCGACGUCUGAUCGCGUCAGGCCACGAUGUGAGCGACGGCGGCAUCAUCACAGCCAUUCUCGAGAUGGCCUUCGCCGGCAACACGGGGGUCACCGUCGACCUGCCCUCACCCGCUGCUCCUGCCAGGAAGACAGAGGGGGAAGAUGAGGGUGAAGAUGAGGAGCAGGUGGAUGUGUUUGGGGCGCUCUUUGCGGAGGAGCUGGGUCUCGUGAUCGAGGUGGCGCCGGCCAAUCAUGACGAAGUACUGCGCACGCUCUCCGCCGCCCAGGUCCCGGCCACCGUCAUUGGCCAGGUCACAUCCCCAUCCUCCUCUCCUGCCUCUGCGCUGCUGCUCUCGGUGGCGGUGGCGGGGGUGCCGGUGCUGGAGGGGGAGUCGAUGCCAGCCUGGCGGGACGUGUGGGAGGAGUCGUCGUUUCUGCUGGAGCAGAUGCAGCGAACCGAGACGUGCGCCAAGGCUGAGAGGGACGGGCUCAAGCACCGCAAGGAGCCGUCGUGGAAGCUUCCUUUCACCCCGAGCAGGACUGCGCACGAGCUCCUGACCGCAACCACAAAACCCAAAGUGGCUGUCCUGCGUGAGGAGGGCAGCAACGGUGACAGGGAGAUGGCAGCUGCCGUCUGGGCGGCGGGCAUGGAGCCAUGGGAUGUGACUGUAUCGGAUCUGCUUCAAGGGAGGGCCAGGCUGGACGACUUCAGGGGAAUCAUCUUUGUGGGCGGCUUCAGCUACGCGGAUCGGAAAGACACGUGGAGCCUGGGCGUGUGCAACGGGUGCCAGCUCAUGGCGCUGCUGGGAUGGGUCCCCGGACCGGACGUGGGCGGGGUGAUGGGCGAGGGGGGCGACGCAGCGCAGCCGCGCUUUGUGCACAAUGAGUCUGGGCGGUUUGAGUGCCGCUUCUCCACCGUUCAGAUCGAGGAGUCCCCUGCCGUGAUGCUCAGGGGCAUGGAGGGAACGAGGGUGGGCAUCUGGGUGGCACACGGGGAGGGCCGGGCGCUCUUCCCUUCCGAAUCCCUCUUCCAAUCCGUCCUCUCCUCCAACCUCGCCCCCAUCCGCUACUGCGACGACGACGGAGCUCCCACCGAGGCCUACCCGUUCAACCCCAACGGGUCCCCUGCGGGGAUAGCGGCGCUGUGCUCACCUGAUGGGAGGCAUCUGGCAAUGAUGCCUCACCCUGAGAGGUGCUACCUGAUGUGGCAGCUGCCGUGGGCGCCCAAGGAGUGGCGGGAGGGCAUGGAUGCGAGCGGACCAAGCCCGUGGCUGAAGCUGUUCCAGAACGUUAGGGAGUGGUGCGCGGAGCACCCACAGUAG